AUGGACCCUGAGGCCCUGCUCUGCUUCCCCCUAGGGGUCCUGCCCAGACCCUCCAUCUCCACUGAGCCAGAUGCUGUGAUCCCACUGUUACUGCCUGUGACCCUAGUGUGCCAGGGCCCAGCUAGCAUUGAGAAAUUCCAUCUGGAGAGGGAGGGUAGAACAAAUGGGUUCAGAGAUGCUAAACUUCAGUCUCAGUUUGACGUUUCUGAAACAGAGGCCAGAUUCCCCAUCGACUCACUAACUGAAGAUAAUGCUGGGAAUUAUCACUGUGUCUAUCUGGAUGCAGAGUUCUGUAUCUGGUCUGAGCCCAGUGACUACCUGAAGCUGGUGUUGUAUGUGACAGGUGCUCAGACUGUGACCAUGGCAGCUACUGCUCCAGGAAGUAAUGGCAUUUGGAUCACACAGGAAGAUAAUCACUGUCUUACUAGUUGGUCAGAGCCCAGUGACCCCUUGGAGCUGGUGGUGACAGGAACCUACAAUGGACCCUCCCUCUCAGCCCUGCCUGAUCCCAUGGUGACUCUAGGAGAGAAUGUGAGCUUGCAGUGUGACUCAUGGCUGACAUUUGACUAAUUUGCUCUGUGUCAGGAAGGAGGAAAUUGCUGUUACCAAUUCCUGAACCCACAGUUUCACAUGCAAAAUGACUUCUCCUGCAAUCUCCUGGAGCUCCUGAUCUUAGGUGAGAAAUUUACAGCAUUGCCCAGAACUCCUAAGUCUCCAGAAAAGAUAGGAGACUUGUGUCAGGUACAGCUCCAGUCUGAGAUCUCUCAGGCCAAAUUCCCUCUGAUCCCUGUGAAUGGCUCCCAUGGUGGCCAGUACAUAUACUACUGUGAAUACAACCUCUCCCGGUGGUCAUCCCCCAGUGACCCCCUGGGCAUGCAGAUCUCAGUAGAGCUCCCUCACAGAUCAUCCUUCUCAGUGCAGUUUGGCCCCUUGGUGGCCUCUGGAGAGAACGUGACCCUCCCGUGUCAGUCAUGGAACCCAGUGGAUGCUUUCCUUUUGCCCAAGCAAGAGGCAGCUGGUCCCUCCCUGCUUCUAAGAUCAAAAUACCAAUCACAGGUCUACCAGGGCAAGUUAUCCAUGAGUCGUGUGACCUCAUCCCACUGGGGGAUGUACAGAUGCUAUGGCUCACACAGCACCUUCUCCUACCUGCUGUCACACCCCAGUGACAUCCUGAAGCUGGUGGUCUCAGAAGCAGCUGAGACCACCAGCCCAUCACUCAAGUCAGACACCAAGACUGGUGACUGGGGAUAUGCUCUCAGCUUUGCAGCUGGACACAGAGGGUCAGGUCCUGUCAAAUGGAAGUGGGUGCUCAGGGUGGACUUCCAUGGUUCCUGGGUGACUUUGAUCUGCCCUGAACUCUGUGGCCUUUUUUCCACCACCCUCAGCCUCAGAGGCCCAGACUACACAGUGGAGAAUUUCAUCCAUAUGGGUAUGACUGGCUUGAUCUUGGUGGACCUGGGGCUUCUGUUAUUUAAGGCUUGUCACAGUCAGAGACACCCUAAAGAUGUAGCCAGGAGAUAA